UGUCUCUGGUUAGUUCCGUGUUGACCAUGAUAGUGGAGGUUACGCAUUUCUUCUAAGAAAUAAUAUUGCGUGUUUUUAACGUAAUAAAUAUGUAAUAAACGUAAAAGUACACUACCAACUAGAAGAUUUGUGUAAAUCGAUACAAGUGGGAAAGAUUUACAGCAGAUCGUAAAAACCUCUCUGAAAAUGGUCUUCACAAUUUUGAUAGUCCUAGUAUCCCUACCAUGCGUACUUCUGGAGUACAUACCUCCUGGGCCAGCGUAUCCUUGUCCAAAAAACUCUGACUUACAGUUGAUGUAUCCAUGCGUCUGCGAGAAAGGGUCUGACGCUGGGUUGUACAUAAAAUGUGAGAACACUGGUCUGGCAAUAAUGAGCGUGGGGCUGGGCAACAUCGCCGGGCUUGGCUUGCCUAUAGAGAGGCUGUUGCUCAAGGAGUGUAAAAUUUCUCAUCUGUUCGGGCCACUUCUGCACAGGUCGACGGUAAGGGUGCUAGAGAUUGUAGACACGCCUAUAGAGACUAUAGACGAGUAUGCGUUUGCCGGGAUCAACAGGACCCUGCAGGAGCUGUACUUUGUUAAUACCAUGAUAGCAGAGUUCCCGAAGGACGCGUUUAAGAUCCUAGGUAAUCUAUCUACCCUCUCGAUCGAUGGACAUCAAAUGACCAAACUAACGAAAGACAUAUUCGCCGGCAGCGAGAUCCCCGGCCGACUUGAGAGACUACAUAUUGUCAACGGUUUGAUAUCUGACAUACCGCCUGAAGCUUUUCAGACUUUAAAAAAACUUAAGAAAUUAGAUUUGCAUGGCAAUAAACUAGGAACGCUAAAGAGAAACCAGUUCAAAGGCUUGAGAGAUACAGAAUUUUUGGAUAUAAGCCAUAAUAACAUAGUAAAAUUGGACGGUAGUCAUAUAAGUGAUCUAACAAAACUCGGUUGGUGCAACGCGAGUCACAACCAGAUAGCCGAUAUACCAAGAGGCAUGUUCGCAAGGAACACAGUGUUGAAAGUGCUACAUCUGGACCACAACAAAAUAAAGAAAUUAGAUACCAACAGUUUUAGAGGAAUGAGAUUUUUGAGACGUUUAUACUUACAAGAUAACGAAAUAGCGGAUGUAGGUAGAGGCACUUUCUCCGCAGUGACCAGGAUCGGCACCGUGGACUUAGCCAGGAACAAAAUAAAGAAAGUCGAUUUUCAGAUGUUCCAGGUGGUAAAAUACGCUGAAAUGAUAAAUCUAGCGGAGAACAAUAUCACUAUAAUCGAGACGCAAGCGUUCACAGACUUGUACCAAGCCGUGGUGAACAUAUCCCAUAAUCAGCUGGAGAAAAUAGAAGCUGAUGCUUUCCAGAACUGCAACAAUUUGACGAUUCUCGACUUCAGUCACAACCGGCUGUCGCAGAUCAAUCGCAAGGCGUUCGAUGAGAAUAGCUACGCGUUUGAGUUUACAGUCGCAUACAACGAGUUCACUGACUUUGCUGAGAUUCCAAUCCACAAUAUGACAGGUAUACGUAUUCUGAACGCAACUUAUAACAAAAUUACGAAUAUUCCCAAACUUGCUUUUCCCAAAUUAUACGAGCUUCACACGGUGGACUUGUCACACAACAAUAUAAGCGAAAUAUUUAACGCAGUAUUUCAAACAUUGUUUUCUUUGAGAUUCGUCAACUUAAGCCACAACUCUAUGGAAAUAAUAAAACCAGCGACAUUCGGUACGAUACCUACGAUACUGGAGUUGGAUUUGUCGCACAACAUGUUGCGAGACGUGUCGCGCGGCAGUCUGGCCAAGCUGGCCAGUUGUCGACUGCUGGAUCUAAGUUAUAAUCAGUUGGAGAAGAUAUUCCAGAUUCCGAUUAGUUUGGGAGAACUAAACGUAGCCCACAACAAUCUGAAAGAGAUCAAGUCCAACACCUGGCCUACUAUGAACGCGUUACUGCGUCUCAACUUGUCGUCGAACAUGUUGGGCGACAUGUUGGGGAGUGACACGUUCUCAAGCCUGCUGACGCUUCAGAGCCUCGACCUGUCGGAUAAUGGGUUCACCAAUCCCCCAUGGGAGGCACUUAGCGGAUUGACCAGCUUACAGUAUUUGUAUAUGCAGGACAACAAUCUAACCUCUUUAAGCAAGUCAGCGUUCGGGAACUUGCCCACGAUGUUCCAACUGGAUUUGUCGCGUAACCAGAUAGACACUGUCGCUCAACAGUCGUUCACCGGACUUCAACAGUUGCUGCAUCUCUCUCUUAGCGGGAACAACUUGAAACACAUCCCCAACGAGGCUUUUAAAGGACUGGUGGCUUUGAGAAAGUUGGAUCUCUCAUACAAUUCCCUGGACAAAAUUGACAACAAAACGCAUGGAUUGUUAGACGACUGUCUAUCAUUAGAAAUGGUUAACCUAAGUCACAACAACAUUGGAUUUUUGACGAAGAAAAUGUUCCCGUAUAGUCCUUGGAUUCCUUACAGACUGCAGGAAAUUGACCUGAGCUACAACGAAAUACCCGUACUUACAUACGAUCUCACUUUAGGAACAAAGAAAAUCAAGAAGUUAUACCUGGCUGGCAAUUAUAUUAAUGACGUGCGGAAUAAUGUUCUCGGUAACAUAACAUCGUUGGAAGUUUUGGAUCUGUCCAAAAAUAAUUUAAAUAGUUUGAUAUCGAGGACUUCCGAAAUGCCGUUCCACCUGCCCGAGAAUUUAACAGAGUUCUAUCUAAGUGACAAUCAUCUGGAGAGCCUUCCAAUGGAGAAUAUUGUUAACGCUACAAAACUCAGGGUCCUGGACUUGAGGAACAACCAGCUGUCCAGUUUUGAUCUGGCCUUGGUCGAUAAAGUGAAGAAUGAAGGCUUGCAGGUGUACUUUGAAGGCAAUAAAUUAAACUGCGAUUGCUUCGCGCGUCCCCUCAAACAUUAUUUAAGCAAGAUAACUCCGUCCAUAUUGAAAAAAGAUGAAAAAUACACAAAUAUAACUUGCGCCGAUCCCGUGUCUUUGGAAAAUGAAAACAUCUUGUCUGUGGACGAAGAGAGGCUUUUAUGCGCUGGCAACAUUGAGACUAAUGCUAGAAUUCUGAAGACUAGCAGCACUGAAGGCGACAGUACUUUUGAUUUUUCUACAGAACCUGAUUUGGCUUUCAGGGAUAUUCAAUAUGCGCAAGAGUCAAUAUACGUCCACUGGUUCGUACUAUCGGCUGCAGACGUAGCAGAUUUCCUCAUUUACAUCAGAGACGACACAUUCAAAGUGUACUACAGUAACGACGUGGUCUACAAUCUUCGAUCCCUCACGAUUCCUGUCGAUCAAAACCUAAAGUCUUCACUAAAAGACAGCGAGAUCGAUCUAGACCUCUGCAUCCAAGCGAAAAACUCCAAAGACUCGCCAAGAAAAUGGUUCCGAAGUCAAUGUCAAAAGGUGCCAAAGGACUUCGAGUCGUGGCCGAAAAAGUUGGUCAUAGACAAAAGGAGGUUGACAAAAAAGAAGACGUAUCGCUCGUCGCGGAAUAGCGUGUUGGCUUUGGUAAGCGAUUCGAUUUUGAUAACGCUGUGUAUUUUUCUGGGUGUCUGUCUUAAGUUGACUGGGGAUUUGAGUUAAUUGUUCCAUGUCAUUAUUGGCAUUUUUUUAUAUGGAAUUAACGAGACAUGGACUUGUAGUAUUUAUUUGCGUGACAGAGUCCGAAAAAUUAUUCCAAUAAAUAUAUUUUGGAAGUAAUGAUCUUUGACAAAGGGACCGUAUAAGACGGAAAAAUAUUAUCACAAUACUCUUUUUGAAAUUAUUUUUCUUAUAUUAUUUUAUUUUUCGUGGAUUUAGUAUUAUCACUGCCAAUUUUUUGGUCAUGAAUGACGUAUUUAGAUUUAUUUAUAGCAUUUUUGAAAUCUUUAUAAAUAUUAAGUUUUAUUAAAAUAUUUAUAUUUAUUUGGCAUGUACUGUUACUAUUAUUUUCCUAAUGUGUUCUUAAACACUUCAUGGAAGAAAUUUCUAUUAUUUAAAUACAACGAUAUCUCGUGAAAUACUAACGACUGGCCACUUGACAGUUUUUAGAAAAGGUUUUGCAAAUUACACGACAUGUUUAUUUUAGGCCUUACAUUGAAAUAAAUUUCAAUAUUUAAUUUAAUUAACUACACUAUUUUUUCUUUGAAAAGAAAUAUAGUGUAUAAUAUUUUUUUGCGUUUAAGCUAUUACAUACAAUAUAUUUCAUAAUUUAUUAUAACAACUGUCAAGUAGCCAUUAGGACGAUCAAAUGUAAUAAUUUGUAUUAAAAGUAUGUGUGUUAUUUAAAAAAUACUUAUAAUUUGCAGAAGUUGCUAACUCAAAUACAUAAAAGUAAUUCUGACAUAUUAUGUAGAUACUUGUAAAAGAAUCUCAUUUGAAAUGGUUAUAAAUACAUAAGUCAGAUUCGAAAAAGCCCCUGAUGCAACCAGCAUUUAUUUCCAUUUUAACCACGCAAACGUGUCAACAAUAUUUUUCAUAUGUGUUAUUUUAUCAAAUCCUGCUGGGGAUAAGCAAUAUUUAGUUUCGUGGUUGUGAUAAUACAAAGAUGAUAAAACGACAUACAAAGACUUAAAUACCAAUUGUAACAAGUUUUCGGUUGUGAUGAGAUCACGUUUAUAGUGACAAAUAUUAUUUAUAGACCAUUAACUAUAAAUAUAAAUUGGCAAACAUGGCCGAAGCUUUGACGAUCGCUCAUUGGUCAAAUUAAAUUUUAACGGUCAAUUUUUAAAUUGUCCUUUUAUCAAAAUUCGAACAUUAGCCGAAUUAUGUUUUUAUUAUGGUCUGAUAGUAAUUAUUGAACGGUAAUUGUGUUCAUAUCAUGGAAGUGACGUAAAAUUAUGUGAAGGAAUGAUUAAAAGGGGAUCGGUGAAGUGAAAGAUUUUAGGAUUUGUAAGAAUACUUCAAAUAAUGCUUUAUUUAUCUUGUGAUAUAACAAAGAUGAUUUAUAGCUUUAAUAUAUAAUUAUACAAUGUAUUAUAAAAAUGUUUAUAUAUGUCCACUACGAUAUAAUCUGUGUCAAAUAUAUGUAUUCCAUGAACGAUAUUUUAAGGAAGAAACAUCGUAUCUGGAAAAAUAGCGAUACUCACUUUUUAGCGUUUCGUUAUCUAGAUACUGUUUAUUAUCAAAUCCAUUAAAUUCAAAAGUUAAAAAAAACAAAACAAACUUUAUUAAAAAAAAUAUUCUACUUUUUUUUAAUGGAUUUGGUAGUAAACAGUACCUAAAUAACAUAACGUUAAAAAAGAGAAUAUUGGUAUUUUUUCAUAUACGAAAACCUAGUAUAUUCACAUGCGCAUAUUGCGGUACUAGGCAAAGUUUGAUGACUGUAGUAUAAAUGUUUGUGGUUCUGAUUUUUUAUGGCGGACGUAUUUAAAUAUCUAUAUUUAUAAAAUAUACAUUAUUCAUAAGAUAAUGGGUUUAUUAGCCAAUGCAUUCGUCUAUUAAAAUCACAAUGAAUGCAGAAUGAAAAUUAUACGUUCCAUAUUUUGUAAGAUAAAUGAUUAUUAUAUAUUUUUAUAAUUAUAUCGGUUUAACCGCAGUAUAGAUUUCCGUCCAUGUUUAUAUUUUUUAUUGAAUAAAUGUUACCAUUUUAUAUUUAAA